UUCCCUCCAAAUAUCAAAGCAAAAUCGCAGCUGCUCCGCUCGCUCGAUCGACGACCGCUCCAGAAAGAAUUUCCUUCCAGAAUCGUCUUCGAGUUUGCCGACGACGAGCCGAAAAGACUGCCGAACCAUGGUCGCCGGAUCUUUGAGUCGUAUGUUUGUCCUAAAGCGAGAUGGACGCAAAGAGGAGGUUCAUUUUGACAAAAUCACCUCUCGAAUCCAGAAGCUCUGCUAUGGACUCAACAUGGAGUACGUCGACCCGCCUUCAAUCACCCUCAAGGUCAUCAAUGGUCUGUACCCUGGAGUCACAACUGUGGAACUGGAUAACCUUGCUGCCGAAACUGCAGCCACGUUGACCACCAAGCACCCUGAUUAUGCCAUCUUGGCAGCUCGCAUUGCCGUCUCCAAUUUGCACAAGGAGACUAAAAAGACCUUCAGCGAGGUCAUGGAUGAUCUUCACAAGAUGGUCAACAAGCACAAUGGAAAGAAAACCCCUAUGCUCUCCGACCUCCACCACAAGAUCAUCAUGGAGAAUGCUGAUCGUCUGAACUCGAGCAUCAUUUACGACCGAGAUUUCAGCUACAACUACUUUGGCUUCAAGACCCUUGAGCGUUCCUACUUGCUCCGCAUUGACAACAAAGUGGCUGAGCGUCCGCAGCACAUGCUGAUGCGUGUGGCCGUCGGCAUCCACGGCGAAGACAUCGAUGCAGCCAUUCACACUUACAACCUGCUGUCCGAGCGUUUCUUCACACAUGCCUCGCCCACGCUGUUCAACGCAGCCACCGUUAAACCGCAAUUGUCCAGCUGCUUCCUGCUCACCAUGAAGGAUGACAGCAUUGAAGGCAUCUACGACACCCUGAAGCAGUGCGCCCUCAUAUCCAAAUCGGCCGGCGGCAUCGGCCUCAAUGUCCACUGCAUCAGGGCCUCUGGGUCGUAUAUCGCUGGCACCAAUGGAAUAUCAAACGGACUUGUGCCCAUGCUUCGAGUCUACAACAACACUGCGCGCUAUGUCGACCAGGGAGGCAACAAGCGUCCUGGAGCAUUUGCCAUCUACCUCGAGCCAUGGCACGCCGAUGUCUUUGAGUUUCUUGACUUGAAAAAGAAUACAGGCAAGGAAGAAGUCCGCGCCCGGGACCUUUUCUUUGCCCUGUGGAUUCCUGACCUCUUCAUGAAGCGCGUCGAGUCAAACGGAGACUGGUCUUUGAUGUGCCCUCACGAGUCCCCUGGACUUGCCGACUGCUGGGGAGAGGAGUUUGAGAAGCUUUAUGAAAAGUACGAGAAUGAAGGGCGAUUCAGGCGCAAGGUGAAGGCGCAGAAACUUUGGUAUGCCAUCAUUGAGUCACAAGUUGAGACUGGAACCCCAUACAUGUUGUACAAGGAUGCCUGCAACAGUAAGUCAAAUCAGCAAAACCUGGGCACCAUCAAGUGCAGCAAUCUCUGCACCGAGAUCGUGGAGUACAGCUCUCCUGACGAAAUAGCUGUUUGCAACUUGGCCUCCAUUGCCCUCAACAUGUUUGUCAAGCCAGACCGCACCUACGAUUUCCAUAAGUUGAAGGAGGUGACCAAGACGGCCACCAAAAACCUCAACAAAAUCAUUGAUGUCAAUUACUACCCGGUACCCGAGGCUGAGCGUUCAAACAAGAGGCAUCGUCCAAUUGGUCUUGGAGUGCAAGGCCUGGCCGACACUUUCAUUCUGAUGAGACUGCCCUUCGACACCCCCAAGGCUCGGGAACUGAAUAAGCGAAUCUUUGAGACCAUCUACUUUGGAGCACUGGAAGCCAGCUGCGAACUGGCAAAGGAUUUGGGGACUUACGAGACUUACGAUGGUUGCCCUGUGAGCAAGGGAAUUUUGCAACACGACAUGUGGGGAGUUGAUCCCGGCAAUGAUCUCUGGAACUGGACUGAACUCCGUGAGAAAAUCAAGCAGCACGGCCUCCGCAACUCCCUUCUCGUUGCUCCGAUGCCCACAGCCUCAACCGCCCAGAUUCUCGGCAACAACGAAAGCAUUGAGCCUUACACUUCCAACAUCUACACCCGCCGAGUGCUGUCCGGAGAGUUCCAGGUUGUCAACCACCACCUCCUGAGGGACCUCACUGAACGAGGCCUGUGGAACGAUGAGAUCAAGAGCACCAUCAUUGCCCACAAUGGCUCCAUUCAGAAUGUUGAUGGCCUUCCUGAGGAUCUGAAGGACUUGUACAGGACUGUGUGGGAAAUCUCCCAGAAGAGCAUUUUGGAGAUGGCAGCUGACCGUGGUGCCUUCAUUGAUCAGAGCCAGUCCCUCAAUGUUCACAUUGCAGAGCCGAACUAUGGAAAACUCACAUCGAUGCACUUCUUUGCUUGGAAGAAUGGCCUGAAAACUGGAAUGUACUAUCUGAGAACCAAGCCUGCUGCGAACGCCAUCCAAUUCACAGUGGACAAAAGCAAGAUUCAGAACUCUGCGUCAAAUGAGAAUGGGCCGAAAGCAAGCAAAGAGGCAAGUGAGAAGGAACCGUCUGUUGAGAGCAUCAACAUGAAGGCCAUGAUGUGCUCCUUGGAGAACAGGGACGAGUGCAUGAUGUGUGGCUCGUAAGUCUGAAGCCAGCCAUUUUCCGAAAAUCUCUGAAAAUUUCCCCCGUGAUAAAAACAACCAAAACAAGUAUUUUAGAAUCUGCAAUUUGGUAAGUUUUUUUUCUGUCAGAUUUACUUGUGGACCAAAUUUUUUUAUGAACUCUCACGUCCACUUUAUGAAUGUGCUUAAAUUUACAAUAAUUUUUAAACCCACGUUCCUCUUACGCUGUCAGACAUUUUUCUCAAUAGGUUUGUAAUAUUUUAUUUCAAUAAAAAAACGCAAACAAAU